AUGCCGUCCGAGUGCGGUCCGUGGCUCUCGUGCGACUUCCACCAGUACAGGUCGUGGCCGGCGGCGGCGGCUCCCGAGGACGGGCUCUCGGACGAGGACGAGGCCGUGGCCAACGACCUGGACAUCCACUCCCUGAUCCUGGCGGGUGUACCGGCCGAACAAGAGGACCGCCUCAAGACGGCCGACGAGGUCAUCAAGGAGAUCGACGACAUCAUGGAGGAGGGCGAGUCGGACGACUCGCCCGAGCUCGAGUCACCGGACUCGGCGAUCGGCGAGGCACGAGAGCGGCCACCGCUGGCCUCCAGAGAAAAGCUGGAGGCCAUGACGUCGGCCGAACUGAACGAGAUGUACCUCGACCUGGAGCUCAUGAUCAAGGAUUACUCGGAGGUGCUCAUCAACGAGCUGGCCUUCCGUGACGAGCUCGAGUACGAGAAGGAGCUCAAGAAUCAGUUCAUAUCUCUCCUCCUGACAAUUCAGAACAAGCGGAGACAGUACAACGUGGAGAAAAAGAAGAAAAACAAGAAUGGGGUUACUCUGGAUGCUAAAUACCUGACUACGGUCAUACCGUACAGCGUGGGUACCCGAUGCCCCGACAACGCCACGCUUCAGAUACUCAUCAAAAUCCUGCGGGCCAUCGACGACGACAGUCCGACAGUGCCCACCCUGCUGACCGACUACAUCCUCAAGGUGCUCUGUCCCACAUAGAGCGGACGCCACGGCCCGCGGCGGAAUCGGCGCACUGAGACCCGGCCCGAUCGACGCGCCAUCUAUUUUUGUGCGUGUGUGUGCUUGUGUGACGUCACGCCGCACCGGCGCUGACGUCGCCGGCGGGAGGGCGAAGAGGGAUGCCGCGCGGACAGCGCUUGCUUGGGCCUGUGCAAUAGUCAGCUUGCGUCGCGCCGACUCGCUGACGGGUGGUAGUAGUUGCCGAUCUGACCACGUGGCGGCGCCACUGGAUGGUAGCGUAUGCGUCGGCGGACGGCGCCUCACGGCUCUGGCUUUAGCCACGUCACAAACCCAGGCAUUUGUCUCUUGCAUGCGCGAAAUGGCUGAAUGCUGUCUCUCUAUCGGGAGCUGUGAAAUCUCACGAUAUUCUACUUGUAGCUUAUUUAUUUGUAGGUGGAUAGAACAAUUUACGUAUAGGACCUUAGAGCUUUGUAAACCGCUGCCCGAUCGCCUGUGAUGCGAGUGCGUUGCUGUUCGGUUCGUGUUAGCGGUAGAUUUAACGGUCCGUUUCGGAUAAGAUAACGACGACCGGUUCUGCGAUUCGGUUUCUGUGAUCAUUCGUCUGCUGUGUGUCGGCGCCGGGUGUGAUACCAAAGAGAUUCACCGGGAAGAGCGCCCGGCAUACUCGCUUGUGUGGGCGGCGUGGCGCGGCCGUCCGUCGCCGCAGCUCGAGGAAGUGUACCGCUGCGGGCGUCGGGAGAUUUCGGUAGGCUAUAG